UUGUGGAUCUCUCCGGUUUGCCAGAGAUGGACUCCCAGCCUCUGAGCCUGGAGGAUUCGUGUAGGCUGCGUGUCGCCUCCGCCCAGGCGUUCUCCAUCGUACAGAACAGGGAUGUGGAGCACUUUGAGAGAGUGAUUAGCUUUCUGGAAGCCACUUACAGACUUUUACCCAGACUGGUGACUCCCAUCAAACACAUGAAGAUCAUGUUUGGCCUUAAGACCCUGGUCAUCAUGUGGAUGCUCAGGGACGGCCGAGGAAUGGUCGAUACUGUGUUUAAAACCUGCCAGUUUUUCCCAAGUAAACUACCUCAGUACCAAGAUCAAUGU